AUGAGCUUUAAGAAAGAAUCUGAAGUGACUGAAAGAAAAACCUCAACAAGUUCAGUGGAUAUUUUUGUUACAAGUCUGGUGAGAUUGCUUGCCAGUCAACCAAACCAACACCAUGGUCAUUUAACCAACUUUUGGUGCUUUUGGCAAUGUGGGAAGGUGCCAGAUCCUUCUGGAAAAUUAAAUCAGCAGCUACAAAAAGCUGGUCAGCAGAAGAAAGCAUGGAGUGCUCCAAAAUUUCUUGGUAAAUGGGUGCAGAAACUUUGGUUUCCAAAAAAACACAAUGGACCAACACCAGCAUAUGUCAUUGCACCCCAAAUCAUCACAGACUGUGGAAACUUAACGCUGGACUUCAAGCAACUCUGGCUAUGAGCUUCUCCACCCUUCAUCCAGAAUCUGGGACCUUGGUUUCCAAAUGAAAUACAAAACUUGCUCUCAUCUGAAAAGAGGACUUUGGACCACUGGGCAACAGUCCAGUUCUUCUUCUCCUUAGCCCAGAUGGAGUCUACAGUGUCUGCAACCAUCUUCACCACUUUCCCAAGAGAUACAAUUACACCAAACAUUACCAACACAACUCAAGGUCCCUGUGAACCUACAGAGGUCUCAGCCCACCCUGCUUUCAUGUAUGCAUACUCACUAGUCUUUCUCGUCAGUCUGGUGCUUAACUGCAUCACAAUGCGGGUUUAUUUCUGUUCCAAUCAGCGUGUUCAGUCCAGCGUCAUGGUCUACAUGAGGAACCUGGUUGCAGCUGACUUCUUCCUUUGUCUUUGUUUACCUUUGCGCAUUGUUCACAAUGCUACCUAUUCCAGAACAAUACGCAACAUUUACUGCAGCUUUGGAGCAUCAGCAUUCUAUAUAAACAUGUAUGCAAGCAUUCUCUUCAUGGACUUUAUUGCUGUGAACAGGUACCUGAAGAUUGUCCAGCCAUUGGAGACUCAUGCUCUGCAGACGCUUCGUACCGCUCGCCAAAUUUCCAUAGGAACUUGGAUUUCCUUGUUAGCCAUGUCUUCCGUCUACUUGAUCCUCUUUCUUCAGACCUCCUCGGAUCAUGAUCAAAAUGUUAACUGUGAGUCCCUGCACAGUCACAAGCUCAGUGUUGUCUACAAAAUCAUCCACUGCAUGUCAUUUGCAGUCUUCGCAUUUGUGCUAGUGUCUCUGGUUUUUCUUUAUUGGAAGACUCUGCAAAAGAUUCAACAAGCCCAGUUGUCCACACAGACUGUAUCCAGCCACCAUAAGUUUAACAAGUCUAAGCGCAACAUAUUAGUUCUAGUGGUAGUUUUCUGUGUAUGUUUUGUGCCUUAUCACCUGGUGAGACUGCCUUACGUGUUCAGCAGCAACUGUACAUUUAACACCCUGAAAGAGCUGACUAUCCUGCUUUCAGUUCUAAAUGUCUGUUUUGAUCCUCUAAUAUAUUUUAUGUUCUGCAAGGCCUUCAGAGAGCAGCUAAGAAAGAAAGAUUUGCAAAGAUCCAGUGAAGAUAAAACAUGAAACACGUGUAAUGUCACAGUUAUGUUUGGUUUUGUAUUUUCUCUCACUGUUGAAGUCUUGCUUGCCUGAGUCAGUAAUUUGCCACCAUAGUUGAUUUCUUUAUUCUUCUGAGCUGAAUGUCAUUAGUUACCCUUAUUUAUCUUAGUAUUUAAGUUGCUGUGUUUUCACAUCACUUUGGUCCAGUCAAAUCAAUGUAGACAUCGGUUUCUAUAUGUUAAGGUUGUGUUUUGUUGAACUGCAUUCUUCGGAUUCACCUUUAUUGGAUUAUUAAAGACUUUUGAACCUGA